CACAGGUCGUCUGAUUUUAACGUUUUAACAGCCACUGAAGAAGCUCUUUGAUCCACCUUUUGACCUUUUUGCCGCCAUGUGGACCAGACGCUCGCUUCUCCUUGCCUUUCCUCUGUGGAUGAGUUUUGGAAGAGCUGAGGCUCUUACAGACCCUCAGAUCUGUUAUAUACUGGAUGGUAUUCUGUUUGUGUAUGGCAUCGUCCUGACAGCAUUGUACUGCAGAAUUAAGAUCCUGAAUGCCAGGGAUGCUCAAGAUAACAUUGUGAAGUCAAAGCCAAAGACUGAAGGUGUCUAUAUGGGUUUGACUCCUCAUGCUGAGGACACUUACGAAACUAUUGGAACAAAGAAGUGAUGUGAUGAAAGCCCAAGACUGAUUGCUUUUAUUUUAAAAUUUGUAUUUAAGGGUUGCUUUUCACCCUGAAUGUUAAACUUUCUUCCUUCACCAUUGUUGUUUUCUCAUUUGGUUCUGUAAAAUUUUCAGGGAAAUGGAAAAACACAAGAUGGAAAGAAGGAAGUUGAGUGAUUUUGUUUCUU